CCACCAACCCUCUCCCCUCUCCUUCUCCUUCCAUUCCUUCCUCCCCCGUCACUUCAUCUUCCUCCCUUCUUGCUGAGCUUCUUCUUCUUCCCCACACUUGUAUGCCAGCUGCUUGGUCAGCGAGGGGAGCGGUAGUGGCUGCUGCUGCUGCUGUAAGCGGGUGGUGGCACUGGUGAGAGUUGUCCGGCCGAGGCCAUGCAGUGGACGGAGGAGGCCGAAAGGGUGCGGCUCCGCGCGGCGGCGCUGGCGCUCGACGGGGGGGACAAGCCGGACUCGAAGAAGGACGUGUUCGCGGAUCUCGGGUCGCCGGUGUCUCCGCUGCGGAUGCGUGCCACGCCGUCGUCGUCGUCUUCGUCAGCCGGGUCGGCAAACAAUGCCGCGGAGGCGGCGGGGGGCGGGUCGAGGGGAGGUGGGGGUGUCAGGAGGACGCACUCGGGCGAGCUGGCGGCGGAGAGCAACCCGCCGCGGCCGCCCGGGCACCAGCGCUCCGGAUCUGGGCCGCUGAUUUUCUCCGGCGGGGUCAGCAGCAGCAGCUCGGGGGCCGCCGGCAGCGGGGGCGGAGGCUCGAGCACCGCAAGCUCGCCGCACCCCAAUGUGCUCCCCACCCGCAGCAUCUGCUCCUCCGGCCGUCUCGCGGCCGCGCCCCGGCCGCGCCCUCGCCCCGACGUGCUCGGAUCUGGCACCGGACACUACGGCCACGGCAGCAUCAUGCGCGGCGGCGGGGGUGGGGCCAUGGCGACUCCGGCGAGAAGCAGCGUUGACUCCUCGAGGAAUCCGGCGAGCUUCCCGCUGGAGAGCUUGCAGGAGGUGACCCGUGCCGGGAACGAGUGGUACAAGCAGGGCCGGUACGGCGAGGCGCUGCGGCACUACGACCGCGCCCUGGCUCUGUGCCCGGACAGCACCGCCUGCCGCGGCAACCGCGCCGCCGCGCUCGCCGGGCUCGGCCGCCUCGCCGAAGCCCUCCGGGAGAGCGAGGAGGCCGUCCGGCUCGACCCGGCGAGCGGCCGCGCCCAUGGCCGCCUCGCCUCGCUGUGUCUCCGGUUUGGGAUGGUUGAGAAGGCAAGGAGGCAGCUUAUGCUGGCUGGGAAUGUGAACGGGUCUGACCCUGCUGAGUGGCAGAAACUGCAUGAGGUGGAGAGCCAUCUGGGGAAAUGUAUGGAUGCAAGGAAAACCGGAGAUUGGAAGAGCGCACUGAGGGAAGCAGAUGCUGCCAUUGCCAACGGAGCGGACUCCUCUCAGUUGCUCCUUGCCUUGAGGUCAGAAGCACUUCUCCGGCUUAACAAACUAGAGGAGGCUGAUUCAACUAUGACAAGUUUGCUGAAAUUGGACACCACUUCCCUAUCUUCAAUGUCCACCAAACUGUCAGGCAUGGUGGCUGAUUCAUACAUACAUGUUGUCCAAGCUCAGGUCAACAUAGCAUUUGGAAGGUUUGAUGUAGCUGUUGCCAUGGCUGAGAAGGCUAGACUUAUUGAUCCUGGGAAUGCAGAGGUUGGAAUGGUUCUAAAUAGUAUGAAGUUAGUUGCACAGGCUCGAGCUCAGGGGAACGACCUUUUCAAGGCAGGAAAGUUUGCCGAGGCAUCUAUAGCCUAUGGUGAAGGGCUCAAAUAUGAGCCCUCAAACUCAGUUUUGUACUGUAAUAGAGCAGCUUGCUGGUCGAAGUUAGGUCGCUGGGCAAAAUCUGCUGAGGAUUGCAAUGAGGCCCUGAAAAUCCAACCUAACUACACAAAAGCACUCCUAAGACGGGCAGCAUCCUACGCAAAGCUUGAGCGUUGGGCUGACUGCGUGCGGGACUAUGAGGUGCUCCAUAAGGAGCAUCCUAGCGACCCAGAGGUUGCAGAGUCAUUGUUCCACGCCCAAGUCGCAUUGAAGAGAACCCGUGGGGAGGAGGUAUCAAAUAUGAUGUUCGGAGGAGAGGUUGAGACAGUUACCAGCAUAGAGCAAGUUCGAGCUGCUGUACAUUCACCUGGGGUAACUGUUCUUUACUUCAUGGCCACAAUGAAUCAUCAGUGCACACAGAUUACCCCGUCAGUGGAUGCUCUUUGUGCCGAGUGGCCUUCGGUUAAUUUUCUGAAGGUAAAUGUUGAUGAGAACCCUAUGGUAGCGAAGGCAGAGAAUGUGCGCAUAGUCCCGACCUUCAAGAUAUACAAGGACAGUGCACGAGUGAAGGAGAUGAUCUGCCCUAGCCUACACAUUUUACGCUAUUCAGUGAGGCACUAUGCUGUCUCCAAUUCUUGAGGAGGUCUUACUAUUGGCACCCAUAUUCCUUUGAUGCAUAGAGUCUCCCAUCGCCUACCGACAUUUUACCGACAAAUUUGUUCUAUAGAAUCAGCCCCCCCACAGCACCUCGCCAGUUGCAUGGCCAUUCUCCAUUGAGCAUGAUCAACUAAGUUUGGUAUAUCAGAGUCUAUAGUUCCUCUUUUCCCUCCUCUUGUUGCUACUCCUGAGUCCGGACCCUUGUUUGGACAAACUUUACACACAAUUCUUGGAUCAUUAGGUUCCUUCAUUUGCUACUAUCACUUCCCAUCAUUGCUUGCAUGAACCUGAGCAAUUAUUUCAUCUCUUGCACUCUGCUACCUGCCCCCCAUUCAUUUCAUACAUUCUGCUUCACCCUGUAGAUGACCACUCCUCAAGAAAUAAAGCUUCUGAUCUUUUUUUAGAUGUAUGCUAUUGUUAGAGAGGGGAGGAAAAGAUAAGAAGAUGCUGGCUGGUUCCUUCAUUACAUGUACAUACACCAUAUAGCAAAAAACAUGAAAACCCAUUGGAAGAUUUGUUUCAACAGAGGAAUGGUUGCACCGUUUUCGGCAUUGGAUACAGGUCUAGUUGCCAUUUUAGAGGGUAUUAUGAAGAUAGAUGGAUCUAGAGAGAUGAUGUAAUUUUGGUAGGGAGGUGGUUGGUGAAGGUGUCAUUUUCAUAUGCUCUGGUGGUCUAUGCUGACAUUGCUAUGAAUACAUACAUGCUGACAUUUCUAUCUAUGAAUAAAAAUAGCCCCACAUUCUUUCUCA